GUCCUGAAUUCGACUCCAGCGAGACAGAAGCAGGUUGUGCUCAGACUUCGCAGAAGAGCUCCAGAGAGUGCUAACGGUGCAAAAACAGAAAAUGGCGGAAACUGUAACAGUGGCUGUCGCUCAAGGUCAGUUACGAGGAAGGAAAGUCACAGCUAAGGACGGAACCACGUAUUUCAGCUUCCAGGGUGUACCUUACUGUAAACCUCCUGUCGGACCUCUGCGAUUUAAGGCGCCGCAACCAGCUGACUCAUGGGAAGGAAUUCGCGACGCCCUCACCGAGGGCUCAGUCGCCCCACAGAUAGAUGAUGUCGUGGCCGAUGCUUACUUGGGAGAGGAAGACUGUUUGUACCUAAAUGUUUAUACUCCCAAGCUUCCUUCACGUUCUGGAGACAGCCUGAAAGCAGUGAUGGUUUGGAUCCAUGGAGGGGGCUUCUACAUGGGAUCGGGGAACACACAGAUCAACGGGCCAGACUACCUAGUGGCUGGAGAUGUCGUUCUGGUCACAUUCAAUUACAGACUUGGAGCACUAGGUUUCUUGAGUACGGAAGAUGCCGAGACCUCAAGCAACAACGGCCUGAAGGACCAAGUGAUGGCUCUGCGUUGGGUUCAGCAGAACAUCGCGCAGUUUGGGGGCGAUCCUGGUAACGUCACGAUCUUCGGUGUCAGUGCUGGAGGGGGCAGCGUGCAUUUCCACCUCCUCUCUCCGUUAUCUGCAGGACUGUUUCAUCGAGCUAUCGCCAUGAGUGGCGUUGUGCUCAACCCAUGGGCUCUCGUCGAGGAGCCACGUGAGAGGGCAUUUCGACUUGGUGCAGCGCUGGGCUGUAAGACCACGAACAGCAAGGAGCUGGUGGAGUUCCUACGCUCCGUGCCAGUACGGCAGCUGGUAGAGGACGUCGACAAGGCUAAGACCCCCGAGGAAAAAGCCAGCAACAUGCUGUUCUUUGCCCCUACUCUCGAAAGAGGGGCACAGAUGGGAGAAGAGGUGUUUCUCACAGGAAAACCACUUGACUUGCUGCAAGAGGGAAGAUUUCACAAGGUUCCUUUCAUCUCUGGCAUUACUUCGCAUGAAGGGAUGCUUAUUAUGAGAGCCUUGUUUAAAAAUCCUACGCUCUUGAGUGGACUGAACAACAAUUAUGAAUCCUUCAUUCCACCCACAAUGAAACUUGAGAAGAAAAGUGCCAAGUCUCAAGAAGUCGCCCUUAAAAUAAAGGAAUUCUACUUCGGAGAUAAACCUGUUUCAAGAGAAACAUUGCAGCCGUUGUUUGACCUUUUCAGUGACAUGUAUUUCAUCGUUGGAAUUAAGAAGAGUAUCGACUUGCAACUGAAGCAUUCAGACACACCGAUAUACUUUUACCAGUUUUCAUUUGACGAAAAGCUUGGACUGAUUGAAAAGUAUAUUGGCGAUUCUACUAUACCAGGUGUCUGUCAUGGCGCCGAAGUAGCAUACCUGUUCAAAGGAUUUUACAUUGACGAAGCCAAGCUCAGUCCGGAUACAGAUUACAUGAAGACUGUGUUUCGAAUGGUGAAGUUGUGGACGAACUUUGCUAAAACCGGAAACCCGACUCCGGGGCCCGAUCCCUCCCUGGGAGUGACCUGGAUCCCGGUCACGGAGACGGAACUGAAUUAUCUGAACAUUGACAAGGAACUGACUAUGCAAAAGGAUCUCGCGAAGGACCGUGUGGCCUUCUGGGAAGAGCUUCAAUCAUCGCUAUGAUAAACUGUGAACUCUAGUGCUAAAAAUGUAGGUAGCUUCCAAAUAAAUACAUGAAGACGUCAAGAGUGAAGCCAAAAUGAGCAUAGGAUACUGCUACAUUCACACAAGGGUGCUGUAUGUCCGUCCCAAUAUAUAUGGAGUUUACUCGACUUCGAAGCCUUCAAAUUGUGCCGAAUGAGGUCCUAAAACACUGUCCCUCACUGCUACUGCUAUUACGAAGAGAGGAACAUUCUAAUAUGCGGCAGAAAAUCACUGGGUGGCUCCUGUUUCUCUCUUCGUAAUAGCAGAGGGACAGUGUUUUAGGACCUGAUUCGGCACAAUUUGAAUUCUAGGUAGCUGUCUUUGUAAAGAUUAAUUGAAUGAAAGAGCAGUCAUUUUUCUAAAAAUUCACACAUUCACAAUAUAUAGACCUAACCGUUUGUGUUUUUCUUUGCACCCAUGACUGACCAUCUAAAGUAAUUAGUGCAGAAUACACGUAAAUUACACUUAACAUUCUGCACAUCUGUAUUUACAUUGUGAGCCACUAAUUCCAACUACGGUCUAUUCUUGUUCACAUUCCCAAUCGCAGGGUUCCGUGGAAAGUAGUUUUGGGAAUCAUGAAAUGUAAUAUUAAGUUAUUAUUAUUAUAUUUCUCACACAGAUUGUGAUAUUUGUCGUCAAUAACCAACCACAGGCCUACAAAAUGAAUUUCAGAAUUGAUGUUGCGGCAGUUGCUGUCAAGACGACGCUGACAAUACAACAAUGCUCCAAUAAAUCCUCAUCAUGUCUGAAAUUAUGCUUAUAAUUGGGCCAUCCGGUUUGGCUCUGCUUUCAUUUUCCUUCAAGGAUUAGACGCAGUUGACAAGUAUCAAAAUAAAUAUAGAUCUGCGUGAAGAAAACUGCGAGUGAGUCAUUCAUUUUUAAUGAAUUAGUGCCUAUGUAUUUUCUCUAGCUUGUUGUACAGUUGUUAGUGUUCGUAUGAUAUUGUUCUCAGGGAUACCUUAGUUUAGUUCUCACUGUUAUCGUGGUUAUGUUCAUUUUAUAAUUUGCUGUAUGUUCAGCUGUA